UGCAGAUAAUACAUUUACUGCAAGAAACGCCGGUGUAACUCCCCUGCCAUGAUCGGUUAAAACACAGCUACCGGGCAAGAUACUGCAAUACAGAAAGGCAGACAGUUGAUAUACAACCAGGAGAAAAUGUACUGAAAUAUAUUCAAGACUGUUUUCACAUGUUUGCCCAGGAGUAUCCGGUGUUACGGCAGUCCCUCAGCCCAUCAAGUUCAUCCCCUGAUUUGAACCAAGAUAAUUUUCUGUCACCUUGUGACCAGAAAACAAGUUCAUACUUGGUUAAUGCCGUAAGGAGGAGUGCCUUUUCUGCCAACUGUCCAGAAGCACAACCCAGAGAAGUCAGUCAUUCAGGUGAUAACGGAUCGCCCAUCAACCCUCUCGACGAGGACGAGGAUGAGAUGUUCUUGGGGUCACCUGCUCUUCUCAUUGAAGAACAAAAAGCACCAACAGACAUGGGCUCGGUGCCUCAGAGAGCACUGCCUUCCCUUUCUUCAAAUACAGUCGCUUUGGAGUCAGAGAACCAGGAUGAGUUUUUGAUAGCCGAGUCGUUUGGGGGUCCCUCUGCCUCUUGGCUUUCGGAACCCAGAGGGAAGAGAGCACCCAUGAGAAGGAGGGUAACUUCUCCACGGCUUGAAAGUGGCACGGCUACGAAACAGCGGGGCAUAGAGAACGCGCACUGUGGGGAUCAAAUUCCAGCCGUGGAACAGCGCGGCAGUCUCUCAAAGCAGCCACCGUCCAUUGUACCUACAGCCCAGUGGUCACCCCCCAGGGGCCAGGAAAAGUCUCCCAGAAAUGCACCUCUGAACGAACAAGCAGAAAGUAAACGGAAGAAUAUGCAAAGUUCUGUUCGAAGUGCUGGGAGAAAACACAGAGUGCCGGUUUCAGAGGAGAGUGUUGAAAAUGAAUCCAGAGAACUGCGCAGCGAGUGGGCUGGCGAGCCUCGUGGGGGCGGAUUAACUGGUUCAGAGAAGAGAACUGGCCGUGCUGGUAAAGCCACCGUAGUCAGUCCUGGAUAUGAGGGUGGUGGUGUCUUACCCCCAGAAGGUUCCUGUGAGGCAGAAAAAAUACUUUCCUCCACAGAACGACAAAGUAGUUGGACACCUUCAGUGCAAUGUUCUUCCCUGCGGGCUAUAAAUAUGAAAGAUCUCAGUGGUCCAGUCUGCAGUCAAAAUGAUAAAGCAUAUUUUGAGCGUGAAAUGAUGAUUAGAAGUAACAGAGAAUCGUUUUCAGAAUCCGCUUCGGAGGAAGACUCUGCCUUGUUGGCUUCAGAUUCAUUAAAGGAAAAAGGAACCUGUCUUCGUCGAAGCAAGCGACUGCGGCUUAAACCUUUGGAGUACUGGCGUGGGCAGCGUGUGAAGUAUAAAACAAGACCUUCAGGAGGGCUUGUCGUAAGUGGAAUAAUAUCACCUGCACCAAAAGAACACCAUAAACUUAAAAGAGCAAAAAACCCCAUGAAAAUGGACUUGGGGACGAUACUGGGCAAUGCUAUAAAAGAUAAUUCACAACCAGCUUGCGUAUUUGAUGCAGCAUCUCAGCAAGUGGUUCUUGAAAAAUGUGUGAGCAGCAGUCAUUCACAUGUGCUUUUCUUCAGUAAUGAAGCCUUGUCUGUUUAUAAAUAUUUGUCCACGCCCCUCUUUUCUGCUGGCAAAAUGAUACUGAAGCCAUUCAAGGAAAAGGGAUUUCAAUAUUCCCAUACAGACACACUGGUUUUUAAUGUUGUCAAAGGCAGACUUCUUUUCACUCUCUACGAUCAUUGUUACUCUCUGUGCACCGGAGAUUAUUUCUAUGUUCCAGCAGGUAAUGCAUACAAUGUACAGAAUAUCUCCGAUGAAGAAUGUAUUUUGUUUUUCACACAGAUAAAAGGAAGCAGGCCGGAAGGUGAAUAAAAUGUCCUCAUCUCCCUGUUUUGUGGAGCAACUUGGAGAUCACAUGCUGAAAAUUGGAAGCAUUCUCAGGAGUUUCACAUUCUUGUUUUCCUGUUACACUGCUUCUGGGACCACAAAACUUUUCUCUGCCAAGUUGUAUGUUUUUGUGUUGACUUAGGUUUCUCAUGUUCUAUUGUAUGAUUGCAGCAAUAAAACAAAUACAGCUUAGUUCUAAAAAAUGGAAAUGAAAAUGAUGAGAAGCUACAAGAGCUUUAAAAAAAAGUUCCUAGUAUGUUUCCGUGGUUCCCCCUUGAAACACAGAGGACUUUUUGCUAAGACAGUGUGGGUGUUCAGUUCAGCUUGGCCUGGCUGGAAACGUGUCAUGCUUUUUGCUGCUUUGAUCGCCGUGUGAGAUUGUAUGAAGAGGCCACUUUGCAUUAAAGUGUCUAAAAGUUUUCAUGUGUAACGUGGCAGCAUUGCUAGAAAGGCAUGACCAGGCCUUAAGCUGGCUAAGGCCAAAGCAGAUGAAGAAGUUAGAGCUUCCCAUAUGUUUGAAAAUAUUAAUAAAAGUUG